CGGCGAAAUUGCGUCCAGAACCUCUCGAUACGUGGCCGGCAACUUAAACAACGACGGCAUCCAUCCCCCCCUUAUCGCUGGCUUCCCACACUCUGUGGCAGUGAUAUCUGGCCCGACCAUCUUCCAGCCAGAUUUAUUUACACGACUGCCGUCGCCUGACGUAUAAUUGACGAACUGCUGCCUCCUUGUGACGAUUUCGAGAUUCCCCUUUUGCGGUCAAGCAGCGUGAACCGAUCCACCCCGCCGAACAAGCUCCCCCGAGCUCGAGAGCCGCUCCUUUCUUAAACAUCCCAUACCGAGACUCGAGAUAAUACACAUUGCCCAACAUGUCUCUAAACAUACAGCGCCAACUCUUUGCUCGCUCUGAGCGUGUCAAAGGCAUUGACUUCCAUCCGACAGAGCCAUGGAUCUUGACUACCCUCUAUAGCGGCCAUGUCUACAUUUGGUCGUACGAGACGCAACAGGUCGUCAAGACCUUCGAGCUUACCGAUGUUCCAGUGCGCGCUGGUCGCUUCGUUGCGCGAAAGAACUGGAUUGUCUGUGGUUCUGAUGAUUUCCAAAUUCGGGUAUACAACUACAACACCAGCGAGAAGAUCACAACCUUUGAGGCGCAUCCCGACUACAUCCGUGCGAUCGCCGUCCACCCAACACAGCCCUUUGUCCUCACGGCUAGUGAUGACAUGACAAUCAAGCUCUGGGACUGGGAGAAGGGGUGGAAAAACGUCAGGGUGUUCGAGGGCAACUCGCGUAGGUUUUGGGAGCCAAUUAUGAAGCUGACAGAAUGACUGACGUGCUUUCAGACUAUGUCAUGUCCCUCGCCAUCAACCCGAAAGACACCAACACCUUCGCCUCGGCCUGCUUGGACAGGACGGUCAAGAUCUGGAGCUUGGGUUCCUCCACACCAAACUUCCAACUUGAAGCCCACGAGACCAAGGGUGUCAACCAUGUCGACUACUACCCUCACAGCGACAAGCCCUACCUUCUUACCACCUCAGAUGACGUAGGUUAGAUGUCCUUGGGUACUGGACAAUCUUACUGACGAGCUGCUAUAGCGCACGGUGAAAGUGUGGGAUUACACCACCAAGAGUUUGAUUGCGACGCUUGAGGGCCACACAAAUAACGUUUCUUUUGCGUGCUACCAUCCCGAGCUUCCAAUCAUCAUUUCUGGUUCCGAAGAUGGCACCGUGAGGAUAUGGAACGCCAACACCUACCGUCAUGAGCAAACCCUCAACUAUGGGCUUGAGAGAGCUUGGUGUGUGGCCUACCAGAAGGGCAAGCAGGGCAUCGCGGUUGGUUUCGAUGAGGGAUCCGUGGUGAUUAAACUUGGCAGGGAAGAACCGGCGGUGUCCAUGGAUGGGUCUGGAAAGAUUAUCUGGGCCAGACACAACGAGGUCGUUUCCGCCGUUAUCAAGGCGGGCGACGCGACCAAGGAUAACGAGCCAAUCACCUUCUCCACCAAGGAGCUAGGCAACGCCGAAAUCUACCCACAGGCUUUGCUUCACUCACCCAACGGCCGUUUCGCCGCCAUUUGCGGCGACGGCGAGUACAUCAUCUACACUGCCCUGGCGUGGCGCAACAAGGCUUUCGGUUCGGCUCUCGACUUCGUCUGGGCCUCCAAGGAGAACUCGAACGACUUUGCGAUCCGCGAAUCGCCAACCAGCAUCAAGGUGUUCAAGAACUUCCAGGAGAAGAAGGGCGGUCUCGACGUGCCGUUUGCUGCUGACGGGCUCACUGGUGGCGUGUUGCUCGGUGUCAAGGGCCAGGGUGGUAUUUCGUUCUUUGACUGGCAAACGGGUGGUCUUGUCCGACGCAUCGAGGUUGAGCCUAAGCAGGUCUACUGGAGCGAAAGUGGUGAGCUCGUUGCUCUGGCUUGCGAGGACUCUUGCUAUGUUCUCAGAUUUUCCCGUGAGAACUACAACGAGGCUGUGCAGUCCGGCAAGGUCGAGGAGGAUGGCGUCGAGGAGGCCUUCGAUGUCAUUACCGACAUUAGCGAAAGCAUCCGAUCGGCCGAAUGGCUGGGUGAUGUCCUCAUCUACACGAAUGGCACCAAUAGGCUGAACUACCUUGUGGGUGACCAGACCUACACCGUGUCUCACUUCGACAAGCCCAUGUAUAUUCUUGGGUACCUCCAGCGUGACAGCCGCGUUUACCUGACCGACAAGGACCUCUCCGUCACAUCCUUCGCCCUCUCCCUCCCAGUCCUUGAGUAUCAAACCUUGGUGCUCCGUCAGGACAUGGAGACGGCGGCCGAACUCCUCCCCAGCAUCCCCCAAGACCAACUCAACAAAAUCGCCCGCUUCCUCGAGGGACAGGGUCACAAGGAAUUGGCGCUUGAAGUGGCUACGGAUCCUGAGCACAAGUUUGACCUCGCUCUUGCCCUGAAUCAACUGGAUGUUGCGGUUGAACUGGCCAGACAGUCUGACUCGGACCACAAGUGGAAGACUUUGGGCGACGCCGGUCUCGCCGCCUGGGAUAUCCCUCUUGCCACCGAGUGUUUCGUCAACUCCAAGGAUCUCGGCUCCUUGUUGCUGGUCUACAGCUCCACGUCGGACCGUGAAGGUCUCGCCAAGCUGGCGGAGCAGGCAUCGGCUGCAGGUGCUCACAACAUUGCUUUCAGCAGCAAGUGGCUCCUGGGCGAUGUGCCCGGGUGUGUCGAGAUCCUCACCAAGACAAACCGUCACGCCGAGGCAGUGCUCUUUGCGCAGACAUACAAGCCAAGUCUUGCCCCUGCCAUUGUAGCUGAGUGGAAGGACAGGCUGGAGAAGAACAAGAAGGGGCGCGUGGCCAAGUCUCUCGGUGUCCCAGUGGAGGAUGAGGAGCUCUUCCCAGAAUGGGACGAGUGGCUCAGACUGGAGAAGGAGGGUCCUGUUAUUGCCGAGGAAGAGGCUGCAGAGGAGGAAGCGGAGGAGGAAGACGACGAGGAAGAGAGUGCGGAUGAAGAGUAG